ACAGUGAGAUGUGAUGAUCACUUCAGUUCGUUUUUCGCUCUCGAUCGCUGAACUUAAAAAAUGAAAAUCUUUGUGAUUCUUGUUGCGUUUGCUGUCAUUGAGAAAUGUAAUGGACAGAUGAAUCCACUUGCAUAUGGCAGAGAUCAGUCGUAUCGUGGAGGAAAUCAAGAAUCGGGAGAUGUAACCACAAGUUUGAAUCGUCUUUUCUCAUCGUUUGAAACUCGCUUGACAAGCGUUUUAAGGAAUGAAUUAAGUGUUUUAAAUCAAAGACUUGGAGGCUUAGAACAGUCGAAUAAACAUCUGGAAAAUGCGAUAAGUUCGAUAAAAAGUGAACUCAACAUUGUUAGAGAAGCUGUUGAUAUGCUUCGAGAUGACAGCAAUUUGGAGAAUGAUCAACAGUUGAGAACAAGCGAGAGUGGAUCAGUUCUAAGCUUAGAUAGUUUGCAUUUGACGGUGAAUGCUAUGAGAGCAAGUUUAAGUAAAGUUGAAAGAGAUGUGAUGAAUGUUAAGAAAAAUUUGAGAAUUUUAACUGGAGGCAGACAUCAAAAUCAUCAACAGCAACCUCAAUUUGCUAUUUUGCCAUCCGUUUAUGGAAAGUCGGCAAAUAAUGUCGGCGCAUGUUCCAUAAAUGAUUUCAAUAAUGAAUCGGGAAUAAGAAAAUAUCAGAAAGAUUUCUUCACUUAUUGUGAAAUCGAAGCAGAUGAUUCCAUUGGUUGGGUUGUGAUUCAAAAUCGUUUUGAUGGCUCAACUGAAUUUGCUCGAGGUUGGAACGAAUAUAAGAAUGGAUUUGGAAAUCUUGCUGGUGAAUUUUGGUUGGGAUUGGAUAAAAUUCAUGAACUAACAUCAGCAAAUCUCCAUGAAUUGAUGAUCGUCUUGGAAAGUUUCAAUGAUGGAAAGAAAUCUGCAAAAUAUUCUGCUUUUGGAAUUGGACCCGAAUCAACUGGAUAUGUUUUAAAUAUUUUGGGAAAAUAUUCUGGAAAUGCUGGCGAUUCAUUGAACUAUCAUGCUGGAAUGAAAUUUUCAACUUUCGACAAUGACAACGACGCAUGGUUAGAUGGAAAUUGUGCCAGAUCGCAUUUGGGUGGUUGGUGGUACAAUUCAUGCGACGAAUCAAACCUUAAUGGAAAAUAUUUCGGUGAUGUUAUAUUGAAAGGUGAAAACAAUUAUCAAGGCGUCUAUUGGAGUAAAUUUCUUGGAUCAAUGAGUUCACUGAAGUCAGUUAAGAUGAUGAUUCGACCUGUCGAAGGAUGAAUAACUCAUAAAUUGUUUAUAAAUUCCCAUCUUCUUAUUUUCCCAUCUAAUAAUAAUAAAUAUUAAACUUGUUUA